UCCUAAAAAGUAGACAGGGACAUGACAGUCUCCUCAGUAAGUUUCACAGUUACGUUAAGUUUCUGUUUUUCCACUUAACUGUGCCAUUUUUUAAACUCAUCUGAUACCUUCAUGAGAACAAGAAGCAUCACUCUGUAAUCGGGACCGGAAGAAACACGGUAAUUUGCAGCAUCAUAAAUGACAGACAUCUUAAAGCGUGGUGGUAAUGCAGCAGAUGCUGCAGUUGCCAUAGCAGCAGCACUGGCGGUAACAGAGCCAUUCAGCACCGGUCCUGGUGGAGACGCCUUCUGCUUGUUUUACAACGGAAACACUAGAGAGAUCAGAGGAAUUAACGGCAGUGGUCGUUUGGCCAGAGCUCAGACCCUGGACUUCCUGGAAGGACGUGGGUACACUGCAGAGGCCCCUCCUUUACCUUCUGAUGCCUUGAAUGUCACAGUACCAGGGGCCCCUGCAUGCUGGUGUGAUACCGUACAGCUGUUUGGUAGUCACAAGCUGUCCCUGCAGGAGGUGCUGAGCAGGCCGACAGAGCUCGCAGAGGUGGGGUUUCCUGUUGCCGAGGUAACAGCUCACCACUGGGCGAAAGGGGUGGCUGCUCUGAGAGAUGCUGGGAAGGAACUAGGUGGAGACCUGCUCAUUGAUGGUCAUACGCCCAAAUGUGGACAAGUGUUCAGAAACCCUAACCUGGCCCAGACCUUGAAGGAGCUCAGUGAGCGUGGCAAACCAGCUUUCUACCAGGGCAGAGUGGCCAAAGCCAUCGUUGACAUCAUCAACCAAAAUGGAGGAGUCAUGACCCUGGAUGACCUCAGCAGGCAUGACAGUGAGGUCAUCUCCCCCAUAAGCACAGAGUACAAGGGUGUGCGUCUGUGGGAGCCUCCUCCUAACAGUCAGGGAUUGACUGCCCUGCUGCUUCUCAACAUCCUGGAGAACUUCCCUCUCAAAGCUGCAGGCCAUAACAGCUCAGACUACAUCCACACACUGGUGGAGGCUGUGCGCUUGGCAGUAGCAGAUGCUCUGUGUUACCUGGGUGACCCAGACCAUGUGACCAUCCCUCUAGAAACUUUACUGGACAAGAGCUACAGCCACCAGCGAGCGCAACGCAUCAGCAUGGACAGGACCAUGAAAGAAGUGGAGCCUGGCCCAACGACAGGAAGUGACACUGUCUAUUUCUGUGUGAUUGACAGUGAGGGCAAUGCCUGUUCAUUUGUCAACAGCAACUAUAUGAGUUUUGGAAGUGGGCUGGUCCCUAAGGAUUGUGGAUUCUCACUACAGAAUCGUGGUGCCUGCUUCUCUCUGCAUCCUGAUCACGUUAACUCUGUUGCAGGGGGGAAGCGACCAUAUCACACCAUAAUACCUGCACUUCUCACUGUCUCUGCAACCAAAUCACAAAAACCACGACUCCUCGCUGCACUGGGGGUGAUGGGGGGUUUUAUGCAACCGCAAGGACAUGUCCAGGUGUUGUUAAACAUGUUGGAGUUUGGGAUGAAUCCUCAACAAGCUUUGGAUGCACCAAGAGUCUAUGUACACUAUGACCCUAAAACUCAUCAGUGGUUGGUCAAUCUGGAGGAGGGGAUCGACCAGGAGGUAGCAGAGGAGCUGAGAAGACGGGGCCACAAAGUCAGCUGGCCAAUCACAGGCCACCAGAGGGCUCAGUUUGGGCGGGGACAGAUCAUCACAGUGGGGGACUGGUGGAACCCAUCUGUCAGUCAAGCUGAUCAUCCAUCCAGGGUGCUGUGGGCGGGAUCCGACCCAAGAGCGGAUGGAUGUGCUCAGGGAUACUAGACCUACAGUAUGUGACCUCCUCUCCUGUUCUGUGUUGAUGUAAUAUCAAGGUACAUUAAAACCAUAAAGGUUUCAGAAGGCACAUUCCUACAUGUGGAAUGUGGCUUCAAGUAACCAAGUGAAUUUAUUAUACUUACCCAUAAAUUCUUGACAACAACUCAGGUUUAUAACACAAUCAUAUCACAGCAUCAUCAUAUAACAUGUCACACAUUUUAUCUGUGACCUGCAGUAAAGUUUGACUUUAGAUUGUGCACCGUAUUUCAUAGUUUGUCAAGGAAUCAUUGGCACUACCGUCCUAAUUUUAUUCCAAAUCCUCCUAAGUUCAAGCUACAUUUUUAAGUCAGUGUACUCUUUUGUUUGCUCUUAAAUAUAGAACAACAAAUUAGAAAACAAAUCUUUGUGUAACACUUCAUUAAAAACCUCAGAUGCCAUUCAUUAGCUUUGUAUUUUGGGUGAGAUAAUUAUCCGUUUCAGUGCCUUUAAUUAGUUGCUGCUGGUCCAGAAGGAAAACAAUAUCAUUACAUAUAAAAACUUUCUAAACUGGUGUAGUUCAGAUUAAAUGUAUAUAAGACCUAGAUGAGAGAGCCACCAAGCAGACAAGCAGCAGACCACUGCUUGAGACCAGCUGUGUGUUUUAAUGACACAUCAGCACAUUUCAAGUGAAUAUUUUAAGCCAAAACACGAUAUUUUCCUCUCCAUAACCAAGUAUUUUUUGUGCCUAAACCUAACCACUUUAUCCACAGCAUUGCCACAACAGAAUUGAAAAUUGAAAUGAAAAGAAAUGUAAUGUUUUGACAUAUUUCACCAUAUGAAACAUACCAAUUUAACAUAUCUGUGGUUUGCAGAAACGUUCAAAGACAACAAUUAUUCUGGUGAUUGGGUUGGAAAAGUACAAGAUUUAAGCAGAACUAGUUUAAACUAUUGGAGUCUGAAGGGAAUUCAGUUCAAAGGAUUCAGCACCUGGACAAGAUAGAUGUGCGUGGGGUUUUGCAGGGGUGUUUGAACCUGUGUACAAAAUUUUGAACAAUUUUACAAAUUGUGGAGACUCUGAAAAUCCACACAUUUAAGUCCUUUUGAGACAUCUUACUCUGGACCUAACAGUGAUUUCUAAUAAUUGUUUUUUUGAACUACGGUAAUGUAAAAAUGCAUACUUUGUACAGAACAUAUGAAAAAACAGAGGUUAGAUUUUAUUCAUUUGCAUUGUAUAUUUACAGCCCCCACAGGGUGAAUACUUGCGUUAUUUGCUUACUCUGACCUUUACUCUCACACAACCAUCAGAAAUCUGAGUGUAAUGGGCACACUGCCAUCAAAUUUUCUAAGCACACUCAUGUAGCCCAGAGACCAAACCUUUCCUAUUUUGGACACACUAUGAGCUGUGGUCUGGCAUCUCCCUAAUAACUACAUGGUCUUUCACACUGUCACAGCUCUUAAGAAAUAAGAUCAUGAUCACACAGCGUAUGAUCCAUCUGUUACAUUGCAUGUUUUUAAGCAGGCUGGAUGAAGUGGGUGUUUUGCCUUUGUGUAUGAGCUUUGUCUUAUGGUGAAUAUUUAGCUGUUGGGGAAACACCCUGCUGCCCCUCAACAUACCACACAGACGAGAUAAAUUAUAUUACAGUAUGCAGUGGCUGUGGUUGUGUGAAAAAGGAUUUUAAAAAUAUGCAUCAGUUGGUAAACACUAAACUUGUAAAAACCACUUGAGUAGGCAGCUCAAACAUGAUUCUACUUCAGCACAAAUCUCUCGAUGUAGAAACAUGAUGUUGGACUUUGUUUCGUUGUUGAUCUCCUUACAGCUCCAAACCCCGCCUGGUACCAACAGUUUACUCCUAUAAAGAGCCAUGUGUUCUGUCACCCACACACUCUGUUUUAUAUAAUCUGCCUUAAUUAACACUGGUUGAAACAGCCUGUUAAAGAAGGCCAGUUCCAGCUUACAGCGCAGUUUAUCUGGAUGUGGUGCAUUCCAGCUGGAUUAAAAAGCAGCUCAAAACAUGUUGGGCCCCUGAAACACACAUAUGUUCACAUACAAGGUCUUUGUGGCUUUCUGACACAGCACUGUUAGAAGUCAUGCUUUUGUCCUAUUGCCCCACAUAGACCUGCUGAGCUGUUGUAUCAUUCUGACCUAGAAGGAGGCAGCCUUGCCCAUAUGAUGGAUUUGGGAACGUCUUAGAAACAUUUUGUAUUUGAUUAGUCCUUGUUAAACUGAUCUACACUAGUGUUGUUGUCUGGUGACAAAAAUCUGAUAUCCUUUAACCCAGAUUUGGUACACUAAAUCCAAGUUUGUCUUCAUUUCUCAAAAAAGUUCACACUUUGGAGGAUGCUAUUUUCACUUUUCACAAGUUUGAUUUAAUACUAUCUAAUUAAAAUGCCAGCAGUGCUUUUGCAAUUGUUGAAAAGUAACUGAUUACAUUUACUCAAGCACUGUACUUAAGUAAAGUUCGUGUACUUUAGUUGAGUAUUUCCAUUUUCUGUUUAUGUACUCAACUACAGUUCAGUUCACUACAUAUAUCUGACAGUUAUUUGGUUUCUAGUUAUUCUACACAUCUUACAAAAACAUGUGAAAGGUUUAUAAAAUAUAAAAAAAAAUUCUGCGUAACAAGUACUUUCGAUACUUAAAGUACAUUGCGUUGCUGAUGCUUCUAUUCUUGCACUUAAAUAACAGUUUAAAUUCAAGGCUAUGGCUUGUUAUAGAGGGUUUUUUUUUUAAAUUGGGAUUGCUACUUUUAUCAGUAAAUUAUCUAAAUACAUCUUCCAUGCCUGGUUCUUGCACACUACAUAGUCUUUACAUGUGCAGAGGAAUAGAAACUGUAUAUUGAGAAAUGUGCUGGAUUGCUUGCUCCAUUUUUUUUAUCUAGUAAAUGAACUUCAAAAGUAAUUUAGUAAAGUAUAUAACUGAUAUGUACUUAUGAAUAAACAUUUGUGUGUAUGUGUGUGUAUACGUGUACUUGAAUUUUUAUGUGUUUCCUACAAAAAAUGUGACACACUUUGUCAUUUUAUGUUUUAAAAAGUGCUUCAUAAAUAAAUCAUCAUUAUUAUUAUUAACCUGUGGAUAUACCUCUAUAGGUAUCGUACAGAUUACUAUUAAAACAAUCAGUCUGUUAUUUGAUCACCAGAUGAUUUGUCUUCUUGUUAACUGUAAAUUGAUUAAUGUUUGGUUUUGGGACUGUUGGUUGGCCCAAACAUGCUGACUGGACUUGGACUCAAUGAUAUACCACACAUAUUAUUAUGUGUAUGUUAUAUGCAGUUCAAGGGGCAUAGUCCCCAACAUAUAUUAUAUG